AUGUUUUCAGUGUCUUAUGGCGGCAACGGCAAUGGUAAUAAUGGCAACGGCAAUGGUAACAACGGCAACGGUAAUGGUAACAACGGCAACAGCAACGGUAAUAAUGGCAACGGCAAUGGUAACAACGGGAACGGUAAUGGUAACAAUGGCAACAACAACGGUAAUAAUGGCAACGGUAAUGGUAACAAUGGCAACGGUAAUGGUAACAAUGGCAACAGCAACGGUAAUAAUGGCAACGGCAAUGGUAACAAUGGCAACGGUAAUGGUAACAGCGGCAACAGCAACGGUAAUAAUGGCAACGGCAAUGGUAACAACGGCAACGGUAAUGGUAACAAUGGCAACAACAACGGUAAUAAUGGCAACGGCAAUGGUAACAACGGGAACGGUAAUGGUAACAAUGGCAACGGUAAUGGUAACAAUGGCAACGGUAAUGGUAACAAUGGCAACAACAACGGUAAUAAUGGCAACGGCAAUGGUAACAACGGGAACGGAAAUGGUAACAAUGGCAACGGUAAUGGUAACAAUGGCAACGGUAAUGGUAACAAUGGCAACAGCAACGGUAAUAAUGGCAACGGCAAUGGUAACAAUGGCAACGGUAAUGGUAACAGCGGCAACGGUAACAGUAACAGCGGAAAUUCCAAUGGCGAAAGUACAAGUAGUGGUGUAAACGCCAGCAACAACGGUACAAACAGCACUGACAAUGGUAACAUCGGCAACAUUACCAACGGGAACAUUACUAACUCCAAUGAAAGAAAGUACAGGUAG